AUGCCUGAUCCGGCUGAUCUCCCCAAUGAGCUGUUCAUCAUGGUGCUGGAUCUAGCCCUCCAAGGCGAGUCAGAUUUCCAACGACUAUGCGGUCUUUCCUUCCUUAACCGUUGCUGGCAUGCAGUGGUUUUGGGUCGAAUAUACUCGAAAUGGACGUUCAAUGGGGCUAGACAGCCAUUCAUGACUCUCUGGAAAUAUCUACGAACAAUGCGUCGCAAUCCCAACCUAGCAGCCAUGGUGGGGACAUUGAAUAUCGGCAAUUGGGGGUUCUUUGACCACGCCUAUACUCCUGGUCGGGAUAAUGCACUUCCUUGGGAGGAAAUAGAAUUAGUCAAACGAGCCAUUCACGAUGCAGGCAUCGGUCAUCUUGAAUCCAGUAUCUUGGAAAGCCUAGCCAAGCGAGAUCGUCGACCUCUGAUGGCCCUCCUGUUGACUUCUCUGCCGAACCUUUCAACCCUAUUUGCCCAUGUGCCACGGUCUGAUCCUGUCCUCUAG